AUGCAGCGAACAUUCCGCAACGUAAACGAGGGCGAGUUCUAUCAGGGUCUGACUGGAAUGAUAUCCCACCUUCGUCGUCAAAAAUCUCUAAUCGAUCGCUUGCAAUCCACAUGCCCUGCCCUUUCAGGAACGCGGUGGCUGUCACUGUCACGUGUGUCUUCAUAUCUCUUGAUUCACCGGACCGAAAUUAUUAACCAUUACGAAUCGUUGAAUAUGGAAAGACGAAGCAGCCAGCAAUCUUCCACAUUCUGGAUCUACCUUGCUGCCGUCAAUGUAAUUGCAUCUGACAUCAGCGAAACAGUACAGCGCCUGCAAGGAAACCGAUCAUUAUUGAAUCAACAAUCUGCUGAAAUCCAAGAUUGCAUCGAGCGCUUGGUAAAGCUGGCGUUUGCAGAGUCAAUAUCCGAGGAACAAUCAAAUUUAGAUCCUGAGCAGUAUAUUUACAGCAGAGGGCUGCGCAUGACCAGUAAUAAACUCACCAAGCAAAAACACUUGAGCUACGUAUCACACUAA